CAGGCGAGGAAGAGAAACACUGCUGGUCGAAUUACCGGUUUUUGAAACGGUGUCAAGUUCUGCCCCACUUUCUCGGCCUGGAUGCGCCAUUCUUUCCACUGACGGCUUCUUGGAGAAGCUUGGAUGGCGGAGUGUGGACGUGACCGAGGCCAGCCCUGGCGUGGUGCAGGUACAAGGAAAUGCUAGAACUAGUGAUCUCACCCAGCCUUGCCGUAAACAGCCACUGCCUGGAUACACCCACGGGGAGCACAGCUGUCGCCUCCAGGCGGGCGCCCGGGGACCACGAAGGCCUCACCGGAUCGGCCCCUCCCACCGUGUCCCAGCUCCUGGCAAGGCCUGGCCCACGCAUCCUGCCCAGCCCGGCGCCCCCAGCCAUGGCAGCCUAUGGCCAGACGCAGUACAGCGCGGGCAUCCAGCAGGCUGCCCCCUACGCAGCUUACCCACCUCCAGCGCAAGCCUACGGGAUCCCCUCUUACAGCAUCAAGACAGAAGACAGCCUGAGCCGUUCCCCCGGCCAGAGUGGAUUCCUCAGCUAUGGCUCCAGCUUCAGCACCGCACCUGCUGGACAGAGCCCGUACUCCUACCAGAUGCACGGCACGGCGGGCAUCUAUCAAGGUGCAAAUGGACUGCCCAACGCGGCCGGAUUCGGGAGUGUGCACCAGGACUACCCUUCCUACCCGGGCUUCCCUCAGAGCCAGUACUCCCAGUAUUACAGCUCGUCCUACAACCCUCCCUACGUCCCGGCCAGCAGCAUCUGCCCCUCGCCCCUCUCCUCGUCCAGCUACGUCCUCCAGGAGGCGUCUCACAGCGUCGCCAGCCAGAGCUCCGAGUCCCUCGCGGGUGAAUACAGCACACACGACGGACCCUCCACGCCUGCCAAAGAAGGAGACACAGACAGGCCGCAUCGGGCCUCCGACGGGAAGCUCCGGGGCCGGUCCAAGAGGGGCAGCGACACCUCCCCAGCGGGGGACAGCGAGAUAGAGCGUGUGUUCGUGUGGGACUUGGAUGAGACAAUAAUUAUUUUUCACUCCUUACUCACGGGGACUUUUGCAUCCAGAUACGGGAAGGACACCACGGCGUCGGUGCGCAUCGGCCUGAUGAUGGAGGAGAUGAUCUUCAAUCUGGCGGACACGCACCUGUUCUUCAACGACCUGGAGGACUGUGACCAGAUCCACGUUGACGACGUCUCCUCAGAUGACAAUGGCCAAGAUUUAAGCACCUACAACUUCUCCACCGACGGCUUCCACAGCUCGGCUCCGGGAGCCAACCUGUGCCUGGGCUCGGGCGUGCACGGCGGCGUGGACUGGAUGAGGAAGCUGGCCUUCCGCUACCGGCGGGUGAAGGAGAUGUACAACACCUACAAGGACAACGUGGGCGGCUUGAUAGGCGCGCCCAAGAGAGAGACGUGGCUGCGACUGCGAGCCGAGCUGGAAGCGCUGACGGACCUCUGGCUCACCCACUCCCUCGAGGCCCUCACCCUCAUCCAGUCCCGGCCCAACUGUGUCAACGUGCUGGUCACCACCACGCAGCUCAUCCCGGCGCUGGCCAAGGUCCUGCUCUACGGGCUGGGCUCCGUGUUCCCCAUCGAGAACAUCUACAGUGCAACCAAGACAGGGAAGGAGAGCUGCUUCGAGAGAAUCAUGCAGAGGUUCGGGAGGAAAGCGGUCUACAUCGUUAUCGGCGACGGGGUGGAGGAGGAGCAAGGCGCGAAAAAGCACAACAUGCCCUUCUGGCGGAUAUCCUGCCAUGCCGACCUGGAGGCGCUGCGGCACGCCCUGGAGCUGGAGUACUUAUAGCAGCACGGCCGCCCAGGCCUCCCGCGAGAGCGCCGAGCCCCCGAGGGAGGACGCAUGGUGCAGGGUCCAUCUCCGAAGCCGGAGUCCCCACACGCCCAGUACCCGACACUGGCCUUGGAAUCGCCGACUUCGGGCAAAGGGCUGGCUCCAAGUCCAGACUUUUCUACCCGUCCCAGAGAACAAAAGCAAGGAAUGGCUGAUGGGGUGGGGGUGGGGGGCGCCGUGAGGACGAGGGGACAGGGUUUUUUUCUUUUUUUUAAUUUAUGGACUAACCUGGCACUCGGUAUUCUGCUCUUGUGCCUGUGUUGCUGGUUUCCCUAGUCGUCGGUUCGGUGUUUGUUUUCUGGGCUGGCGUGGGGCUGGUGCACAGCGUAAGCGUCUUCGCCAGGGUCUCUGAGCGUUGCUGAGGGAGGCCAUUUGGGGCUGCCGGGAGGACCGUUGCUGCUUCUCGUGCUAGGGCAGUGCACCUGCCUAUGCCACCAUCUUGUUUGCUGGGAAGGAAGCGGUCCCUUGGGACGGGUAAAAGGCGUCCAAUAAAACCACCUGUACAUCCUGCGGUGCGGUAGGGAGCGGUUCCUCCGGCCCCACUGAGGCUUCUGAAUGUGUAGGUUCACUCCGGGACGUUUCAAGGCUGAACCUCAGCUCAAACUGGCGGAUCCAGAGAGACAGAGCUGGCUCCAGGAGCCCUGGGGGAUGUCUCGCCAGGCACAUCUGGAGGCAGGCGCCCAGAGGGCUUUCUCCCGUGGCCGGCAUCCUCCGCAGGCGCCUCACUGUUGCGCUAACCAUGGCUGCGAGGGUCUGUCGGCAGAACCGCAGCGGCAGGCAGAGCGCACCUCCACCAAGUGGCCCUGCAAAAGCCCCAGGACUGUGCCUCGUCGGCCGAACCUCCAUCCUGGGCUCCCUGUGCUGGAUUCCCUCAUGCACAGAAAAUUAGAGAGGAAAGGUCCCCCAAAGGGAAAGACCCAUGAGCUUUGGUGCAGUUAGGGGGCCGGGGGCUGGGAUGGCAAAUACAAGCGGCUGCUAUUCCCGUGAUGGGGCUUCGCCUUCCCGUGCGUGGGAGAUGAGGUGCAGUGUAAGGGGUGGGGGGACAUCUUGAGCCCUGUCAUCGCUCAUAGAGGAAAGGGUGGGAACUGGCUCCACCUGAUUGGGUGUUAAGCUCUUCCCUCUGUUGUGCUGGUGGAACCCAGGGUUAGCAGUUGGCCGAGACCUGCAUCAGUGAAGAUGGGAGACGACUCAUCAGAGCUAGAAUUCUGACCAUUAGGAAGCCAUCACCGAGGGAGGGGUGGGGGAGAUGGCCCCACUAGACUGAGCUCACUGGGGAGUGGGUCCUGCUGGUGUCAUCUGUGCGCGCAGGACCACAGAUCCUGACCCAAGCAGACAUAGAUGAGAGAGGAAGGAUAGACGUAGAACUGGAGUCACUGUCCAGUAACCGGGUGAGUGACGCGGUGUUUGGACAACGCGUGGGUGGGUGAUUGGAUCAUCGGGAGGGUGGGUAGGAGGGCUGUUGGUAAGGGGAUUGGAUGGUUGGGCAACUGGAAGGCGAGUGGACAGCUGGAGGAUUGGAGGGUGAGUGGAUAAAUGGAUGGAGAACUGUUGGAAUGACAAGAUGGUGACUGGAUAGUUAAUGGUGAAGUGAAUGAGUGGUGAUUUUUCAUCUAAGGGAAUGGGUACUUUAUGAAAGUAUGGACAAUUAGGUGGGCGGAUGACACGUUAGGAGGUAGUCGUUUGGGGGCUGGCAUUUUGGCGUAGCAGGUAAAGCUGCUGCCUGCGAUGCUGGCAUCCCAUGUGGGUGCCGGUUGUGUCCCAACUGCUCCACUUCUGCUCCAGCUCCCUGGGAAAGGCCUGGGAAAGCAGUAGAGGAUGGCCCAAGUCCUUGGGCCCCUGCACCCAUGUGGGAGACCUGGAUAAAGCUCCUGGCUCCAGCCUGGCCCAGUCCUGGUCAUUGUACUCAUUCUCUCUCAAAUAAGUAUUUUUCUUUCCCCC